AUGAAUCGGGUUUCUGUGAUUGUGAGAAACCCCGCAUACAUUGGAGAAGUUGAGCUGGAUGAGGAUAGAGUUAAUCUAGCUAACCUUGUUCCUCUUGUCAGUGGGAACACUCCCAUUACCACUGUCCCUGCCUCGGAGGACGAAGAUGUAGCUGAGGAGGUUGUAGAGGAUAAAGAUGAAGAUGAGAAGAUGGAAGAUAUUCCGCAGAUACUCCUGGAAGUAGUUCAGGACUUAGAAGAGCUCAACCGGGAGUUAAGGAGUAUAAUGUCCCGCCUCCUAGGGACACUAGCUCCUAACAGCCCACUGUUGGCCCCAAUGUUUAUGUAUGGGACACAGGGAAGGCUUUGGAGCAAGAGUACAGACUGUAUCCUGCCUCUACUAGGAAAGAGACUUGGUAGAUUAACCGAGAAGGUGCUUAAACGUCUCUCCGGAUCUUGCAGGAGCGGGUUGACCAGCAGACCUGUUGUACAAGAGUAUGAGAGAGCUGUUAUAUUCAGACUUGGUCGUCUUCUUUCCGGGGGCUCAAGAGGACCUGGCAUAUUCUUUGUUCUGCCGUGUAUUGAAUCUUAUCAGAAAGUGGAUCUGCGAACCAUUACUCUAGGGGUCCCCCCGCAGGAGGUGUUAACAAAAGACUCUGUAACGGUAUCAGUAGAUGCUGUAGUUUACUAUAGAGUAUCUAAUGCGACAGUAUCCGUAGCAAAUGUCGAGAAUGCCCAUCAUUCCACAAGGUUGUUGGCGCAAACCACUCUUCGAAAUAUUUUGGGAACCAAGAACCUUCAUGAAAUUCUUAGUGACAGAGAGAGCAUUUCAGGGUCCAUGCAGACUGUACUGGAUGAGGCUACUACUGCCUGGGGGAUCAAAGUGGAGAGAGUAGAAAUCAAAGAUGCCAGACUUCCAGUGCAGCUUCAACGAGCUAUGGCAGCAGAAGCAGAAGCUGCCAGGGAAGCUAGAGCUAAGGUAAUCGCAGCAGAAGGAGAACAGAAAGCAUCAAGAGCAUUGCGCGAAGCUUCCGAAGUAAUUGCGGAAUCUUCUGCUGCUUUCCCCCCUUAUUUAUCAACAGUUCAGACCCUGAAUUCAAUAUCAGCGGAAAAGAACUCAACGAUUAUUUUCCCGCUCCCAAUAGAUUUGAUUACUCACCUUCUCAGUGGGAAAGGAGACAAGUCGGAGAAACCAGAAAAACCCAAGGAUGAAUAGAUAAAUAGGUGAAUAGAUGAAAAGAUGAAUAGAUGAAUCUGGAAAUCCUAUCAAUUUAAUUAGAAUAUUUAUAUAUAGAGAGAGAGGUGUUAUAUUUAUCCCACAACACAAAG